AUGUCGACUUCAGCGACGCCCACCUCCUCCUCGACGCCCACCUCCUCCUCGACGCCCACCUCCUCCUCGACGCCCACCUCCUCCUCGACGCCCACCUCCUCCUCGACGCCCACCUCCUCCUCGACGCCCACCUCCUCCUCGACGCCCACCUCCUCUUUGACGUCCACCUCCUCCUCGACGUCCACCUCCUCCUCGACGCCCACCUCCUCCUCGACGCCCACCUCCUCCUCGACGUCCACCUCCUCCUCGACGUCCACCUCCUCCUCGACGCCCACCACCUCUUCGACGUCGACCUCUUCCUCGACGUCGACCUCCUCGUCUUCGUCCAUCAACGCCGCCCCGGUCCUCGUCUCCUGGCCCGUCUCCGAGGCUUUGACAGAGGCGAUGGCUGCCGCCUGCUGCUGUCCCGUCCCUGCUUCUGACUCCACUUCUAAAACGUCUACCACUACCUCGGAGGUAGGCUCUGGCGAGCGGUCGCCAUGGUUGCUGUGGCCUUGUAGCAAAUCCACAGCGACCACAUCGAUAACAUCGUCUGUGUCCAGCGUUACCCUCCCUUCCUCUUCGUCGGACCGACAGGGAAGGUGUCCUGAGUUGGGUGUGCCUAGUUCUGGGGUGACGGGUCCCUCCUGGUCCAGACAAACCCUCUUUGCCUCGAUGACCCACCUCUGGGGCUCUAGGUGCCUUUUUCUCCACCGCCGUAGCAAUGGCCGUGAUUGUACUUCUGGAAGCGUCCCUUGUAGGUCUUCACGUUGACCCUUGAUCCUUGGCUUUUGCCUUCCAUCUCCGCCAAAACUCUGCGUAGCCUGCGUGUGAUUGGUUGUUGUAGCGGCCAAUAGGGCGCGGCUACCCGUGUGCCAAG